CGCCGCCGCAGUCGCCGCCGCCGCCGCCGAGUGACGCGAGAAUACGAAUGCGCCGUGUGUACCGAGAUUACCGAAGCGAGGACGACGUUACGGCACCGCUUCCGGAUCCGCGCGACGCAAUCUCCGUCGGCCGCCGCGCUUUCCGCCGUCGGCGCGCGACACGUUACGUACGUGCCGCAAGUACGGAGCCGCAGCAGGAGUUUGUGUGCCGCGGAGAGACCUGUCGGUGAAAAGCAGCCGUUCGCAGGGAAAAGUCUUGGAUCUCGGUCGAACGAGAUACCUCAGCCAGCGAUACUGCGUGACAAGGAGGGAGAGCUUAGUUCCUGCCGCUAGGAUGUCCGGGAGCAGUGACAGCUUUAACAAUAACACCUGCGUGGUGUGCUACAAGAAUGUCGACAUCUACAGUGUCGGCAUGUGCGAGCAUCCCGUGUGUUACGAGUGCAGCACACGGAUGAGGGUGCUCUGUCGGCAGAACGAGUGCCCGAUCUGCCGCCAGGAUCUGCCCAAGGUUGUGUUCACGCGGGAGAUCAAACCCUUCCACGGCCUGACCGGCACCAAUCUACUGGACACCCGGUACGACAUCUACUUCAGUAGCCUGGACAUUCAGGAAAAGUUCACGGAGCUGCUGGCCAACACCUGCUCGAUAUGUAAGGAGAAGAUGGUCUUUAGCAGUUUCAAUAGUUUAAAAGAGCACAUGCGACACCGACACGAGCUGCAUUACUGUGACUUGUGCGUAGAGAACUUGAAGAUAUUUUCGCACGAAAGACGCUGUUACACGAGAUCGAGUUUAGCCACGCACCGGAGGAAAGGUGACGUCGACGACAAGAGCCACAAGGGCCAUCCCCUCUGCGAGUUUUGCGACCAGCGGUACAUGGACAACGACGAGCUGUACCGGCAUCUGAGGCGCGACCAUCUGUACUGUCACUUCUGCGACGCGGACGGUCUGCAUCAGUAUUACAGCUCCUACGACUAUCUCAGAGACCACUUCCGGCAGGAGCACUACCUGUGCGAGGAGGGGGUGUGCGCGGAGGAGAAGUUUACGAGUGUUUUUCGGACUGACAUUGAUCUCAAGGCGCACAAGGCCAGCGUCCACGGUAAGCAGUUGAGCAAAGCCGCCGCCAAGCAGGCGAGAACGUUAGAGCUGGAGUUCACCUUGGCGCCGCGCGGCGAGAAUCGAAUGAACAGGAGGGGUAUGCUGGGCGCGUCCACGUCGAGGAGCGCGAGGGAUUACAACAGCAGGGAUUACGGUUCCAGGGAUUACCAGCAGGGCCCGACGCCCAGCGGCUCCAAUUCGUUCGCGUCCAGCAACGAGCCCACCUUCGUGCGGCAGCCGUCCGUCGACGUUCAAAGCACGGACGAGUUUCCCACGUUGGGCGGUAGCGCCGUACCCACCUUACCUCAGCCCAAGAGCAGAGGCAACGUGACGAUUCGCAGCACCGUGAGGAAUCAACCGCUCGCGGUAACGGACGAGAACUUUCCUGCGUUAGGCCCGGACUCGUCCGGGCCCGGUAUCUCGAAAACUGUCAACUUUAGCGUUUCCAGCAGCAGCAGCAGCAACGCCACGGGCUCCAGCGGUUUGCCGCAGUGCCAGAAGGGCACCGCGUCUUCGAACGUCUCCAUUCAGGUGAACCACGAACCCAACGGCACCGUCACCACCAGGGUGUCUGGGCCAAACAUCAGGAUACGCCCCGCGCAGCUGUCGAUAGAUUCCGAUUUCCCCGCCCUGGGCAGCUCCGAGCCGUCUACCAGUACUGCCAAUUCGACUCAGUGGAAGGAAGUCCUGCAGUGGACCUGCUCCAAAUCGGCCCCGGCGAACGCGCCCAAGUCUAAGAAAGUCGCGCCGCCGCCCUCGAUACCGUCGGCGCCGCCCAUUCGAUCCGGCGAGGACUUUCCGAGCCUGUCCAAGUCGUCCAAGUCGAAAAAGCAAUCUGUAAUCACGGUAGUGCCGUCGUGGGGACAGAACGCCAGCAACGUCCAGGGUUCCAGCGCUAGCAACAACGCGAAAACGACGGACCAGACGAAGGGCAAGACGAAGAAGAAAAAAACGAAGCAGGCUUCAAGCGGCAACAGUUCGAGCGGUAACGAGUCCAGCGGCUCCAAAUCGAAUGUAAAUACAGUUGUAACCAAGAGGGACAUCAAACUGGCCGGUGACUCGGGCAACGCUCGCGUCACUUCGAAGGAGGUCUCGCGAGCCACGCAGGAUACCAACAACGUGUCCAGAAACUCCAAGGAGCCGGAGCACGCGAGCAAGAAGGACAAGAGGAAAAACAAGAGCAACGCGGAAGGAAGUUUGGGGAUCGCGACGACCGUCAUAAAUACCGGGUCCAGAAGCGGAGGCAACGGCUCCGCGAACGGGGAGAAGCAGAGAAAGCGCAGCGAGCUGAAGAUAGACAGCCUGAACACGACCAACAACAACGUCCAGCGGACGGAGGACUUUCCCGCGCUGGGUAACACGAGCAGCAGGCCGCCAGGCUUCACGAACCCGCCGCCCGGCUUCGCCUCGCCGACCCUACCGCCGCCCGGUUUCUCCAUCAAGUACAACAGCAUGGACGGACUGCACGGCGGCAACGGCCUGACGUUCACGAACAGCUCCGGCGAGAGCUACUCGAUUCUGCCGGACAACAGCGGCAAGCGCGCGGCGGCUCACGCCUACGUCUCGCCGCCCGAUUUCCAGAAGCGCAACACGUGCCUGGUGGCGAAGCUCAACGCGGUCCUCGUCGAGCAGGACAAGAUCGAGGAGUUCCGCUACGUGAGCGGCCUCUUUCGCGCCGGCACCUGCGACGCCCAGGAGUAUUACACGCACUGUCGCGAGGUCAUGGGCGCCAACGCUUUCGAGAGCGUGUUCCCCGAGCUCCUGGCGCUGCUGCCGGACGUCGCGAAGCAGCAGGAGCUGUUCAAGGUGCACAAGAGGGAGGCGGGCGGCAAGGCGAGGGGGCUGGAGAUGUGCGCCACGUGUGGCCAGGUUCUCAAGAGUGGCUCGGACUUUCGGACGCACAUGUCCAGCCACACCCUCGAGAACCACUUCCCGGCGUUGGGCAAGAGCAACACGCCGCCGCCGAAGAACACGUGGGUACGUAAAUGAGUCAAUUACCCCUCCCUCAUCGAUCGUCGUCGUGCCCGCCGUUCCGGAGGCCCCGGGGCGAGCCGAGCAUCCGCUCGCCCAACUGUUGCAAACGGUUGUACAUAUAACGCUCCCGUUUUUAUACCGCCGUACCGAGGUCGAGUCUGCGUUGCGUUUAUCCGACACGUAUAGCACGAGCGUAAUACGUAAUAUUUAUUCCAAGAGUCAAUCGAUCCUUAGUGUAAAAGAAAAAAAAAAGCAUAUGCGUAAAACUAGCGUUGACCAUUCGCAAUAGAAUUGACACCUGUUGAGCGAGUUGCGAGGCAACACCGACCGGGAUUAAGAGAAAAAGGAUAUUGUAUGUAAUAUAUACCUUAGAGAGCUUUAACAGACGGUUGUAUCAAUGAUGUAACGCUAACGAAGAACCGGCGCGCGAUAAAGAGGACGUGAAAUAUUUUUUUCUAUGAUAAACUACGAAAAGUAGGGUCUUGUACCGAAUGCAAGAGAAAAAAAAAGUGUUACAAGUUAAAGGGCGGACGUAUGCGUGUGUUAAUGUAUAAUCGUGUCGCGCACGUGGUGGUUUCAACGAUUACCCACUUCCACCGCUGUAUUUUAUGACCGUGUACAUAAGAUUCGUAAAUAGAAGCGUUCCUUCCUAUAAUUUAUUUGCGAUGCCUCUCGAGAUAGAGACGGAAUAGCGAUUGCUGUGCUAUGUGCGAAAAAAAAAAGAGUAACACCAUACUUUAACAAACCGUUUGAUACGUUAUACAUUAUACAGUACUCGUAGCAUUACCGUACUGUUUUGUACCGUAACAAAGUUGUACAUUUAGUUAACACGACAAUACAUGAUUUUGAUGAGCGA